GCCCGUAUUGCUCCACGUCAAAAAGAUGAUUCAGGAGAUCAAGGUCAGGAUCCCCAAGACCUACCAAGAGGUUCAGCUCUCCAAGUUGCUUGCCACUAAGCAGUAUAAGAACGCGUGCCCAGGGCGCCUCAUUCUUUGGGUUCUGAACCGCGUCAAGGAGCUUAG